GGAGCCGCAGCGUUUACCGUCGCAUCUCCGAGCCAUCUCCUCCCUCCUUCCCAUCCCCCUUCUCUUCAAGCGUGAGGCUCGUGAUCCUUCCGCCGCUUCCCUUCUUCAUUGACUCGGGAAAAAAAAAAAAAUCCCCGAGGAAAAUAUAAUACUCAGAGUACUUAUUUUCAAUCAAGUAUUUGCCCUCGUUCACGUGAUUAUAUAUAUAUAUUUUUAAGGAUUCCACUCCACCCUUUUUCUCCCCUCCCACGAGAGGGAGGUGAAAGAAUUGUAUUUUUUCCCCCCAGCCCUAAAUCAUCUAUGUGUUAAAUAUCAGUACUGAUCUGUCUUGAAGGAGAAAUACAUCGCUCUCAAUUUUUUUUUUAAAUUUUUAUUAAAUAGCUAUACAAAAGGAGUGAAAAGCCAAGAGGACGGAGUCUUUUUUUUUUUUUCUUCUUUCUCUUUCUUGCGGGAGAACUUAAUGCUGCAUUUAUCAUUAACCUAGUACCCUAAUAUAAAACAAAAGGAAGAAAAGGAUUAAGGAAGGAAAAGGUGAUUCAAGAAGAGCCAUCAUGUCGGGGCGACCGAGAACCACCUCCUUUGCAGAGAGCUGCAAGCCAGUGCAGCAGCCUUCAGCUUUUGGUAGCAUGAAAGUUAGCAGAGACAAAGAUGGCAGCAAGGUGACCACAGUGGUGGCAACCCCUGGACAGGGUCCUGACAGGCCACAGGAAGUCAGUUAUACAGACACUAAAGUGAUUGGAAAUGGAUCAUUUGGUGUGGUAUAUCAAGCCAAACUUUGCGAUUCAGGAGAACUGGUUGCCAUCAAGAAAGUUUUGCAGGACAAGCGAUUUAAGAACCGAGAGCUCCAGAUCAUGAGAAAGCUAGAUCAUUGUAACAUAGUCCGAUUGCGGUAUUUCUUCUACUCGAGUGGUGAGAAGAAAGAUGAGGUCUACCUUAAUCUGGUGCUGGACUAUGUUCCCGAAACAGUGUACAGAGUUGCCAGACACUAUAGUCGAGCCAAACAGACACUCCCUGUGAUCUAUGUCAAGUUGUAUAUGUAUCAGCUGUUCAGAAGUUUAGCCUAUAUCCAUUCCUUUGGAAUCUGCCAUCGAGACAUUAAACCGCAGAACCUCUUGCUGGAUCCUGAUACAGCUGUAUUAAAGCUCUGUGACUUUGGAAGUGCAAAGCAGCUGGUCCGAGGAGAACCCAAUGUUUCAUAUAUCUGUUCUCGGUACUAUAGGGCCCCAGAGUUGAUCUUUGGAGCCACUGAUUAUACCUCUAGUAUAGAUGUAUGGUCUGCAGGCUGUGUGUUGGCUGAGUUGUUGCUAGGACAACCAAUAUUUCCUGGGGACAGUGGUGUGGAUCAGUUGGUGGAAAUAAUCAAGGUCCUGGGAACACCAACAAGGGAGCAAAUUAGAGAAAUGAACCCAAAUUAUACAGAAUUCAAAUUCCCUCAGAUUAAGGCACAUCCUUGGACAAAGGAUUCGUCAGGAACAGGACAUUUCACCCCAGGAGUACGGGUCUUCCGGCCCCGAACUCCACCAGAGGCGAUUGCCCUGUGUAGCCGUCUACUGGAGUACACACCAACCGCCCGGUUAACACCACUGGAAGCUUGUGCGCAUUCGUUUUUUGAUGAGUUACGGGACCCAAAUGUCAAACUACCAAACGGGCGAGACACACCUGCACUCUUCAACUUUACCACUCAAGAACUGUCCAGCAAUCCACCUCUGGCCACCAUCCUUAUUCCUCCCCACGCUCGGAUUCAAGCAGCUGCUUCCACCCCUACGAACGCCACAGCAGCCUCAGAUACUAAUGCUGGAGACCGUGGACAGACCAAUAAUGCCGCUUCUGCAUCAGCUUCCAACUCCACCUGAACGGCCCCAAGUAGCCAGCUGCGCAGGAAAAACCAGCAGUUACUUGAGUGUCACUCAGCAACACUGGUCACGUUUGGAAAGAAAAUUAAAAAGAGGAAAAAAAAACAACAAAAAA